AGUCAUUACACCUAGCUUCGCCAUUCUCCCAUGCGCCUCGCUAUGCGAAUUGAAAUCUAUUUCUCAUCAACACCAACUUUAUAAGUAUGUGCGUCCUCGAAUUUGUCCAACUGACCCAUUCCUUCGUUGACGAUGCUGCCCUUUGUUGCAGUCAUUACUUUUCUCUUCUCAGGCAUUGUUCAUGCAGCAGUGACUUGGACGGCUAUGCCGUUUAAUCCCGCUUCAGUACCUCUUGCUGUUCGUUCUCCUUAUUUAUCAGCAUGGCUCCCCCAAGGUUCGGGAACUGCAUUGAAUGCAGCCUGGCCUACAUUCUGGACCGGUUCAAUAGUCGGCUGGGCGGGCUUCGUGAGAGUGGAUGGAACAACGUAUACAUUUCUCGGCCUCCCUGCAACCAAUAAUAGUACACCUACGCAAAAGGCGGUCCAGAAAAGUUUCCAAUUCACGUCAACACAGAGCAUCUUUGUAUUGACCGCGGGGCCUGUUGACAUAACUGUGACGUUCCUCAGCCCUGUUGAGCCGGAUGACCUGGUGCAACAGUCUCUGCCAUUCUCGUAUCUCUCCGUCAGCGCGUCUCCCAAUGACGGAAGUCCACACUCGGUACAGGUUUACUCUGACAUCAGUGCCGAAUGGAUUACGGGCGAUAACAGCCUAACUGCUACUUGGAACACAACAGUGGGGGACAUUAUCACACAUCAAGUUCAGUUACAGACUCAGACGGUCUUUGGUGAGAAGAACGACCAUAUUCAACAGGGUUCCGCCUUCUACUCGACUCAGAAUUCUACCGGAGCGACAUUUCAAAGCGGCGCAGACAUCGACGUUCGCUCACAAUUCGUGUCGCGAGGCUCCCUGCCAAACACUCAAGACACAGACUUUCGCGCAGUCCAAGAUCGAUUUCCUGUCUUCGGACUUGCACACGACCUCGGAACUAUCGCUUCUCCCUCAAGUCCUGUUGUGUUUUCUGUUGGACAUGUCCGAGAUCCCGCGAUUCAAUAUAUCAUCGCCAACGGUGCUCUGCAGGAACGAAGUGUCUUCUUCUGGACCCAGUUUUCUACCGUACAGGACGCAAUAUCAUCAUUCCUGGGAUCAUACAACGAUGCAUUGACGAGAGCAAAAGCGUUUGACGACAAAGUGAACAACGAUGCGUCCGCGAUCUCUUCGGAUUAUGCUUCCAUCGUGGCUCUUUCCAUACGCCAAGCGUUCGGAGCAACUGAAAUAACUGUUUCCAAAGGGAGCAACGGUAGUUUCAACACUUCGGAUGUUCUCAUGUUUAUGAAGGAGAUAUCUAGUGACGGCAACGUCAACACUGUUGAUGUCAUAUUCCCUGCAUGGCCACUCUUCCUCUACACUAAUCCGACGCUAGGCAAAGAUCUUCUACUGCCUCUAUUUGAAUACCAAGCGACUGGACAGUAUCCAAAUAAGUGGAGUGUACAUGACAUGGGUGCAAGUUAUCCUAAGGCUUUGGGUCACAACGAUGGCAAGGAUGAGCCUAUGCCGGUUGAAGAAAGCGGGAACAUGUUAAUCAUGACCCUCAGCUAUACACAACGUUCAAACGACAAAUCGCUCAUUACGACUUAUUUCAAUCUUCUUGACCAAUGGACACAGUUCUUGAUCACCGACUCUCUGAUUCCCGCCAAUCAGAUCAGUACUGAUGACUUUGCUGGGAGUCUAGCGAAUCAGACGAACUUGGCUAUCAAGGGGAUCAUUGGUAUUCAGGCCAUGGCUGGAAUCGCUGCCUUAGUUGGCGACACGGCGAGACAAUCAAACUACAGCGUAAGUUCUACGGCUAAAAUGUGUUGUUGUCAGUUAAAGCUGAAUUCUAUUGGGCAGUCUAUUGCCUCGUCGUAUGUUUCUCAGUGGCAACAAUUUGCUACUGCUUCCGGUGGCAAACAUCUCACUCUUUCCUAUGGAGAUGAUGCCAGCUGGGGCCUGGCGUACAACUUGUACACAGACAAACUCCUGGGCACAAACAUAUUCCCCAGUUCGGUCUUCGAUAUGCAAACUACAUGGUAUGGCUCCGUCGCGAACAACUUUGGCGUACCCCUGGAUACUCGUCAUACGUACACAAAGUCGGAUUGGGAAAUAUGGACCGCUGCACUUGUCACUUCUACUUCUGUUCGAGACUUACUGAUUAGUUCAGUCCGCAAAUAUGCUGCCGAUGGCAGUAGCUCGCAACCCCUUGGCGAUUGGUAUGAGACCACAGAUGGAAGUGUCGAAGGCUUCCGUGCAAGACCAGUAGUGGGUGGACACCUCGCAUUGCUGGCUCUCAGUGAAUCAUCUGCGAUUGGUGAGCAAACUCCAGGGGAUUCUAGCCAGACCUCUGCGGGUAACCUCACCUCACAGGGCAUGCGCUCUAGUUACGGGACCUCCCUUAUGACGAUCAUGUGUUUUCUCUCAUUGCUCAGGACAUUCCGCGUGGUCUUUGUGUAACGUUAGGGGAUCAAUAUUUCUAAUGACACCCAUUCAUCCUAAUAUGAGUUGCGAUAUAUCCAAUCCUGGCAUGAUAUGAAGUGGAUUCAUGAAUCUAACGCAAGACCUCUUUAUUCAGAUGCAAUGUUGAACAGCUACGUGACGAUUUCUCUGCUGAAGAGACUCUUGGAGGUCAGAGAAGGCAGCUCAACACAUACUGAAAGCUAACGACAGUGCCAGUGCCUCCGACUUGCGGGCGAGAUGGCCGAAUGCACGCGUGGGUCCAAAUCCCGCUCUCCUUGUUUGAUUUUACAUUUGUAUCUACAUCACUCGCCUUCACAAGCAUUCUCAUGACGAUGCAUCGUUUUUAUCUGUGAAUACUGUGAGUUAGAAUACUUACGAUGGACUUCACGAUAAGUAGGCCGAGGUAUUGGCAUGGAGGUGGCCGUAUGAGGUAAUUGGGACGGUG